AUUUCUUUUCUUGGCCUUGUAGAUGGAGGAUGACGAAGAAGACCUAUGAUUUACAUUUUUUUUUUCUAUGUGUAUACAAUUUCAUUACAAUUGGAGGUCCUCAUUCUCAAGAUGGUGAAAGAAAAGAACGAUAUUAGGCCUGUUUUAGUGAAAUUGAGGGUGGCUUUAGCUCUUUCUUUUACUGGAUUUCUGUAUUCUCGCAUAAAAUGCAGAAGACAUACAUGCUCCAAGCCUCCUCGCUCCCCACGCCCUCCAGUUCAUUUAAGUGAAGUUGAUGGAGAAGGAAGAGCUGCAAUGAAGAAAACGCACAGCUCAGGCAGCAUCGAGCCAGGUUCAGCAGAAAGCCAUGAAGAUACACGCAUAGUCAAGAUUGCUGCUGAUAACCCUAUGGUUCUUUCUCCAGGCUGUAGACAUGGUGGGGAAAAAGAUGGGUAUCUCUUGCCCGAAUUUAAUGAUCUCGUGAAGGAAUUUGACUGCACUGCCAUUAACACUGGGAUAUCUACGAAGAAGGACCUAGAAACACCUAGGUCAUACGUGGGAACUUCAAGAGCAAUUAAAAAUGUGGAAAAUGAUGACUAUGUGCAAGAAAUCAGACAUCUGAAUGCCACGGUAAGAAUGCUCCAAGAAAGGGAGAAGAACCUUGAGGUCCAAUUGCUUGAGUUUUGUGGCCUCAAAGAGCAAGAAACUGCCAUGAUAGAGCUGCAGAACCGUUUGAGAAUAAACAAUAUGGAAGCUAAGCUUUUCAAUCUCAAGAUUGAGUCCUUACAGGCAGAUAACCAAAGACUACAGGCACAAGUGGCUGAUCAUGCAAAAAUCAUUGCUGAUCUAGAUGCUGCAAAAGCAAAAAUUAAAUUAUUGAGGAAGAUGCUAAGGUCUGAAUCUGAGCAGAACAAGGAACGGAUCUUAACCCUUCAGAAAAGAGUAACUAGGUUGCAAGAGCGGGAACUCAAGGCUGCUGCAACUGAUUCGGAGAUUCAAUUAAAGUUACAAAAGCUGAAGGAUCUGGAGGCCAAGGCACAAGAGUUAAGGGAGUCUAACUUUAGAUUGCAUAUAGAAAAUUCUGAAUUGGCUCGUCAGUUGGAGUCCACUCAAAUUCUUGUAAAUUCUGUUCUUGAAGAUCCUGGGACAGCAGAACUAAGAGAACAUAGCAACCGACUAAGACAGGAAAAUGGAGACUUGGCAAAGCAAGUUGAGGAACUUCAAGCAGGCCGAUGUACUGAUGUUGAAGAAUUAGUCUAUCUCCAAUGGAUGAAUGCUUGCUUGAGAUAUGGGUUGCGCAAUUUUCAUCCCCCACAUGGAAAAACAGUUGCAAGAGACCUAAGCAAAUCCCUCAGUCCAGAGUCUGAGGUGAAAGCAAAACAGCUAAUACUUGAAUAUGCAAAUACUGAAGGGAUGGGGGAGAAGGGAAUUGACAUCAUGGAUUUUCAGUCUGACCAGUGGUCUUCCUCUCACACUUCCUCUACUCUAGACCCAUCGGACUUUGAUGAUUCUUCAGUUUCACCGAAAAACAACAACUCGAGCAAAAUCAAAAUUUUCAACAAGCUAAGGAGACUUAUUCGUGGAAAAGACAAUCAGCAUUGUAAUCAUGGUUCAUCAGUAUGCAAAACUGGACGAACAGAAGAUUCUGAUUCUCCACUUGGCAGUUCAAGUAUUUCAACAGCAACUGAUACUGCAAGUGAUCAGCAAUCUAAUAGAGUACAAAGUCUGUCUUCACAAUUAUCUUGGCACUCAUCUAGACCUUCUGCAGAUAUCCGAAGACUGAAGAGUGCAAAUAUGUAUGAAACAAAGGAUAUCGAAAUUGGUAGGAGAAAUAGUCACUCUGGAUCCUCUUCUGGGCAUAGGAAAUUUUUGUCAGGUAGGAUAACUGCUAGUGAUUUGUCACCAGAAAAUCAACUAGACCAAGAUCCAUAUUCCAUUGAGAAAUCUGAAUUGUUGAAGAUGGCCGAAGUUCUGAAGGACUCUAGAACAAGAAAUUUUCAUAGAAAAGCAACAUCACUUGGUUCAUUUGAGGCUUUUCGACGCACAACUUCACAAUAAUCUCACCUCAUUGCCUGUUUAUGUAUACUCCUGGUCAGUGUAAAUGCAUCAUGCCAUAGGAACGAAUUGCACAAAAUGAAGCAUUGUAAAUGAAUGAUAAAAUGUUUUUAGUUACAAGCUUAAUCAGCCAUAACACAUCUUAUACUAGA